GUUGAAUUGUAGUACAAACUCUCAGAUUCAAAUGAUCAUCUCAUUUUCAUUUCAUUCGAUCGCCUUCUCUUCAUCUCUUCAUCUUCUUCUUCUUUUCUACUUGCAUUCGCUUUCGCUGCCUCUUUUUUGACACAUUUCCAACAAAGUGUUUGCCAUCUCAUACUCCAACAUAUCUUCUCUAAGAUGAAGGUCCUUGUUCUACUGAGCAUAUUGCUUGGUUUGUUCACUGCACUUGUAGCGGCCGGUGCAGACUACUAUAAAGUUUUAGGACUCACUCGAAGCGCAACCCCAAAGGAAAUCAAAAAACAAUACAAAGCCUUGUCUAAAAAAUACCAUCCAGACAAAAACCCUGGCAAUAAAGAAGCAGAAGAAAAGUUUGUCGAGGUUGCAGCAGCCUACGAAGUUCUCUCAGACAAUGAAAAGAAGAGCAUCUACGAUAGGUACGGCGAAGAAGGACUGAAGCAGCAUCAAGCCAAUGGUGGCGGUGGUCAUGGUGGCUUCCAUGAUCCGUUCGAUAUCUUUGCACAAUUCUUUGGUGGCGGAUCUAGACAUCAUCAUCAUGGAGAACAGGAGCGAAGAGGUCCCGAGAUGCGAUUGGAACUUGAGGUUACCCUGGAAGAAUUGUAUUCUGGAAACUCAAUCGAGAUUGAGGUUUCGAAACAGGUCAUCUGUCCUCAUUGCGAUGGAUCUGGCGCUAAAUCGUCCGACAGUGUAGUCACAUGCACAGGAUGCCAAGGUCAAGGUGUCAAAGUUGUGAAACGUAUGCUGGCGCCAGGCAUGUUCCAGCAGUUUCAUCAAACCUGUGACCAAUGUGGUGGUAAGGGUAAGAUGAUCAAGGAACACUGUCCAGUCUGUCAUGGCAACAAGGUCCAGCGCGGAUCUGAACAACUGACCAUUGUAGUCGAGCCAGGCCUGCCAGAUGGUGCCACGAUUGUCUUUGAUCGGGAAGGAGAUGAGGCACCAGAGAUUGUGCCCGGCGACAUUGUAUUUGAAGUACGUACACGUCCUCAUCCAGUCUUUGAGAGACGUCAGCAUUCGCUUUAUACCUAUGUUACCAUCACGUUGGAACAGGCACUUCUUGGAUUUGAUCUGGAGAUCAAGCAUCUGGAUGGUAAACCCAUCCGGCUGACUCGAGGUGAAAGUGUAACGCCCUUUGGUUUUGUACAAACGUUGAAGGGUCAAGGAAUGCCCAUUCAAGGAUCCAGAGGUGAUUUUGGUGACCUGUUCGUAGAAUAUAAAGUCGAGUUUCCAGAAAGGCUGACAGAGGAUCAAAAAACACUGUUGGCAACAGCUUUUGGCGUCAAAGCAGCCUUCCAGGAGAAGGCUUUUGGAGGCGAAGCUGCAAAACAACAAGUCUUGCAUGAUGAGAUGUAAAAUGGCCCUUUCCCAUGCUACCCUACUUUAUCCCUAUUACGAUUCAUGAAAUAAAUAAUAGAUAGACACUGGUUAAUAAAUAGCUUAGGAUGUAUUAAAAAGCCCAAGAG